AUGGUGCUCGCAUCGCGAUCAGCUGAACAUGACCUGAUGGGCGCGGUGCUUACGGAAGCGCCCGACGAUGCAGAUGCUUGUUUCCGUGUGUCCGGUGAGAGUGGUGCGGUGGAGUGCAAUGUACGGACGCUGUCGUCGGACAGGGAUGUCGUCGGUUCGAUGCACUCGGACGGCGCUUUGCGGCUCGCGAUCCGCUGCAGCCCGCUCUUCCUCGAGAGCACGCUGCGGGACCACCACUUCGGAAGGAUGCAAGGUUUGGCGGAGAUCUCUAUAAAUAACUGUAAGAUCCUUCGGCUUCCCGGUAAUGUAUUCGAGGGAUUACGGGGGCUGAAGACUUUGAAGAUACGUUCCAUGAACAACGAAUGGAGCAAUAAUAAAGAGCUCGAACUCACGCUGGGCGCUUUUAACGGUCUAAGAGAAUUGCACACUCUGGAUUUAGCUUACAACAACAUCCGGAAGAUCCCGUCAGACUUGUUUUGUGCACUGGAAAAUAUAAUUUCGCUCAACUUGACGCAAAACAAGAUCAAGUUCGUCGAUGAACUGGGCUUCGGCCAUAAAUGCGGCUCUACAUUGCAGAUGAUAGAUUUGAGCUACAAUGAUAUCAUGUCCCUACCAGCUGACUCUGAAAUUUUACAUUUAAGAAGGCUGACACAACUAUUUUUACAGAAUAAUAAAAUAAGCGAACUGCCAGGAGACGUCUUCAAUGAUUUGCUAUCACUGAAAGUUGUAAAUCUGUCUGACAACGCUAUAAAUUAUUUACCAGAAGGGUUAUUUUAUAACACGAGAGAGAUUCGUGAAAUUUAUAUGCAGAAUAACGAGCUGGAAGCUUUGCCUAAGAGAAUAUUUAAUCGGUUGGAACAAUUGCUCGUUUUAGAUCUUUCGGCGAAUAAAUUGAGGAGCGACCACAUAGAAGAUGAAACGUUCGGUGGUCUAAUAAGAUUAAUCGUGCUCGACCUGUCGCAUAACACGCUCUCCCGGGUCACACGCAACAUGUUCAAAGACUUAUUCUUUUUACAAAUACUCAAUUUGAACAACAACACCAUUGGGUCCAUAGAGGACAAUGCCUUUUCGCCACUUUUUAAUUUACAUACAUUGAAUUUGGGCCAAAAUAAAUUACAUGUAAUAGAAGACCACGUAUUUAAUGGACUGUUUAUAUUGAAUAAGCUCAAUUUAAAUAACAAUGUAAUAUCAUACAUAAGCGAAAACGCUUUUAAAAAUUGUUCCGACUUAAAAGAAUUAGAUUUAAGUUCUAAUAAAAUGACUAAAAUUCCGGAAGCACUUUUACAAUUACCGUUCUUGAAAUCGCUCGACUUGGGAGAGAAUUUGCUAACUGAAAUAACGAAUAAUUCAUUUCAGAAUUUAUCACAGUUGACCGGGCUGCGUUUAAUCGACAAUCAAAUUGGAAACCUUACAGCGGGAAUGUUCGCGGGGCUGCCUAGCCUGCAAGUGCUCAAUUUGGCGAAAAAUAAAAUACAAUCUAUUGAGACCGAAACCUUUCAAAGAAACACGCAAUUGGAAGCCGUUCGGUUGGACGGCAACUUUAUUUCUGACAUAAAUGGAGUGUUUGUGGCGUUAACGAAAUUGUUAUGGCUAAAUUUGUCAGAAAAUCAUUUGGUGUGGUUUGACUAUGCCUUCAUACCCGGCAGUUUGAAAUGGUUGGAUAUUCACGCCAAUUUCAUAGAAAUCUUAGGAAACUAUUAUAAAAUUCAAGCCGAGCUUCACGUAAAAACUUUAGACGCAAGUCAUAACCGUUUAGUUACAUUAUCGCCAAUGUCGAUACCGAAUAGUGUGGAGCUUCUGUUUAUAAAUAACAAUUUAAUAUCGAGUAUAGAAACGGAUGCGUUUUUAGAGAAGAGAAAUUUAACGCGGGUUGAUAUGUAUGCCAAUGAGAUUGAAAGUUUAGACAUAAAUAGUUUGCGUAUUUCGAGAGUGCCUGAUGAUAAAGCGUUGCCAGAGUUCUAUAUUAGUGCCAAUCCCUUUCGAUGUGAUUGCACAAUGAAGUGGCUGCUGCUGAUAAACUCGAUUACAACCAGACAGUAUCCACGUGUAAUGGAUUUAGAGAACGUGAUAUGCAAAGAAUCAUUCGUGCGUGGCAUAAAAUACCUCCCGGUCAGCUCUCUGCUCCUCAAAGACUUUUUGUGUAAAUACGACUAUCAUUGCCCCGAAGAUUGCGGUUGCUGCGAUUUCAAUAACUCUCUCACCGGGUUCAUGCUCAUUUUGUUAAUAUUAGCUUUAGUAUUCACGUUUAGAUACGCCUGCAGAAUGUGGUUAUAUUCAAACUGCGGCAUUAAGCUUUCUCCCCUCACGGGUGCAUUUAAGGACGCUGAUAAGCUUUACGAUGCUUAUAUUUGUUACAGCCCUAAAGACGAGGAGUUCGUCGUAGAAUCAUUAGCUCGGGAGUUAGAGAGCGGUUAUCCAUCUUAUCAUCUGUGUUUACAUUAUAGAGACGUGCCUCAAUUUGAGGCGACGUACGCCCAAUUCCCUGACUUGGUGGUCGAAGCCACCGAAGCCUCGAGGCGUAUUAUAGUAGUCUUGACAAAGAAUUUUAUCUUAACAGAAUGGUCACAGAUAGAGUUUCGACAGGCCCUCCAGAAGGCGCUUCGAAAGAACCCACAUAAAUUAAUAAUAGUCGCCGUAGGGCUCGUACCGCGAGAUCCGGAACUGAAGUCGUACUUCAAAACUGGUUUGGAGAUAACGUGGAAAGAGAAACGUUUUUGGGAGAGAUUACGUUAUGCGAUGCCGCUGUCAAAACGGCAUGGCCAGAAGUUGAAAAGACUUAAUUACGGGAGGAAUUCUAAUACUUACACUAUGGAUGCGUCCGUCUUGAAUAGUACUUGCCAGACGCUUUGCGGGAAGUCUGCGAAUUCGGCAGAGCGUUCUCCGUGCGACCGACCAUUGUCCGAACAUAUCUACUCUACAAUAGAUUCGGAUUAUUCGUCUACAGAUUUCCACGGGAGGCACAAUCAGCCUCAGUCUGUGGUCUUGCAGCACACUGUCCAAACAUACCUGGUAUGA